CUUGACCUUGAAACAGUUCCGCUGAAACUCAAGUCUCCAGACCUCUUCCCCUCUCACCCAACCACCCUAGCUUUCUUAUCUUCCACCCUAGUUUUCGAAAGAUAAGACGGUUGACUGGGACUCUACUGGAACACUACUCUACAACAGUGCAAGGUCCCUUCAACAUUUCUAUAGACCAGUAAUUUACAUUUCUGUAAACCAGUGUGACUCCAAGUAGAGGUUAGUUCUUCCUUCAGUUUACUGCAUCUACUACUGUCUACACAGUGUGACUCCAGUAGGCCUACUCAACAGUAGAGGUUAUAGUUCUUCCUUCAGUUUACUCCAUCUACUAAAUUGUCUACAAGAAAACUAGUCCUACUACCGGUGUACCAAAAUCAUCGACAUAAAACCCUGAAGAUUGUCAGGUUUUUGCUCAUCGAGAAUCGAGAUUGAAAGGCUCAGCAGCUUAGCCUACAUCAGGAAUUCGACUCUUCAUCCUACAUCUUCUGUUUUCCAGAGCUUCUCCAGAGUUUUCCAUAGUAAAAUGAGCAAAAAGGAGUUUGUGGUUGAGCAAAUCCUUGCCAAACAGGUAGUUGAAAAUGAAGUCCAAUACCUGCUCAAAUGGAAAGGGUAUCCAGAAGAGGAAAGUACAUGGGAGCCUGAAAAGAACAUUCAAUGCCCGAAAUUACUCAAGGAAUUCAAUGAGAAGUGUUCUCGAGAGGAGAAUAAUGAAAAUACAUGGGAACCAGAAGAUAAUUCAAGUGAUAGUGAUGAAUUAAAAGAAUCCGAAGAUGAAUAUAUCGCAAAAGAACGCCAUAAAGUAGAAAGGAUAAUUAGUAAAAAAUAUGAAGAUGAGAAAGUAUGGUUUUUACUCAAGUGGGAAGGAUUUCCGGAAGAGGAGGCUACAUGGGAGCCCGAAGAGAAUCUUUUCUGCAAAGAUCUCAUUGAAGUUUUCGAAACGGAGAGAUUCGAAGCAGUGAUUUCUGGCCAAACUUUGGACGACGCAUCCGUAACCGGGUUUGAUCAGGGGUUAGAGCCCGAGAAAAUUAUCGAGGCAGCCCUGAUCAAUGGGGAGAUCCACUACCUGAUUGGGUGGAGUGGAAGUCCCGAGACGGAUGUCGUGCCGGCCAAGUUGGCAAACCUGAAGUGUCCGCAAUUGGUCAUCAAAUUUCAUGAAGAGAGGGUGACUUGGGAGGAGAACUGAAAUCUGGAAGAACUGAGCCCUCCUCGAUGGACCAAUGGAUGCGGAUUCUUGCUAUAAGCUCAUCACUCCACAGCACUGUAAAUAUCGACCAUAUCUCACUUCUAUAGUGAGGCCCACGUUAUAAAAUGGCAGUGUUCAAUAUUUUCUUUUUUCAAAUUCAAAUUCAAAUUAAGUUUUAUUCACAAAAUCAUUACAAAUA